AAAUUAAAUACAAGGUUACUGUGGGAUGGAACUGCGAUGGGAAGGAGUCAAAGUCCAAACCAUGAAGGCUGGAAAAAGAAAGAAGAAAAACCAGAAAACUCAGUAAUCGAGAUUAUCACUUUCUUGUGAAUAGCAUUCGCGUUAGCAAGACAUAGAUUUGUAAAAUGAGCAAAAAGACAAACAAAACCGCCCACCUAUCAAGCAAUCAAUCCAGGAACUUAUCAUUCAAUGAAAACAAAAAUGUCAGUUUCUUUCAUUACUUGACUUAUCGUGUCCACAAUUACUUUCAACCUCAAGAGAGUAUAAACCACAAAGUAGGAGAAGAAGAAGAAGAGGAAGGUAGAUCCGCAUUUAUCAUCGCCGAUAAGAUGGCAGAUGAAGGCCUUGGGUUCACCAUUGAUGAAGCUCUUGUGGAAAUGGGUUUUGGAAAAUUCCAAAUCCUUGUGCUUCUCUAUGCUGGCAUGGGUUGGAUUUCAGAGGCAAUGGAAAUGAUGCUUCUCUCGUUUGUAGGAUCAGCUGUUCAGCAUGAAUGGGGUCUUACUUCUCAGCAAGAAAGCCUAAUAACGAGUGUGGUUUUUGUUGGUAUGCUGGUUGGAGCAUAUUCAUGGGGCUUAGUUUCAGAUAAAUAUGGAAGAAGGAAGGGAUUUCUGGUUACAGCAAUAGUUACUUCUGGGGCUGGAUUUCUGAGUUCCUUUGCCCCAAACUAUAUUGCGUUGAUUCUUUCUCGUUGUUUGGUUGGCCUUGGUUUGGGAGGUGGCCCUGUACUUCUAUCUUGGUUUUUAGAGUUUAUACCUGCACCUAAGAGAGGCACUUGGAUGGUUAUUUUCCAAGCCUUCUGGACCAUUGGAACAAUUUUGGAGGCUGCUCUUGCAUGGAUGAUCAUGCCAAAAUUGGGUUGGAGGUGGUUACUUGCCCUGUCUGCUUUGCCUUCAUUGCUUCUCCUUAUAUUUUAUAUUAUGACACCUGAAUCACCGAGGUAUUUAUGCUUGAAAGAUAGAAAACAUGAUGCCCUUAGGAUCUUAGAGAAAAUAGCCAAACUAAAUGGAAAAGGAUUCCCACCUGGUGUUCUAGUUACUGACCAUGAAAUUGAGCUACGGGACAAACGCCUUCAAGCAGAGGGUGGAAAUUUGUUGUCACAACAAAAUGAUGAAGAUGUUAUCCAACCUCCUCCCAGGUGGAAGGAUUCUGACAUGGGGGUCUUCAGAUCACUGUUAAUGCUUCUAUCACCAAAAUUAGCAAGGUCAACCUUGUUAUUAUGGAUUGUUUUUUUUGGGAAUGCAUUUUCAUACUAUGGCAUUGUGUUACUGACCACUGAAUUGAACAAUGGGAAUAAUAAAUGCAAUCCAACUGGGAUGCAGUCGCAAAAGUCUGGGAGCAUUAACUAUAAAGAUGUUUUCAUCACUAGCUUCGCAGAGUUUCCGGGGCUCAUCCUGUCCGCUCUGACCGUUGAUAGAUUUGGUCGUAAACUUUCAAUGGCGGCUAUGUUCUUCAUCUGUUGCAUCUUCCUGCUACCAUUGGUGGUCCAUCAGUCUUCAGCUCUAACAACAGCCCUUCUGUUUGGAGCUCGAAUAUGCAUCACAGAAACCUUCACAGUUGUCUAUAUUUAUGCUCCAGAGAUAUACCCAACUUCAGUGAGAACAACAGGUGUAGGAGUUGCAAGCUCAAUGGGAAGAAUUGGUGGAAUGGUCUGCCCUCUUGUGGCUGUAAGUUUGGUCCAAGGAUGCCAUCAAACUACAGCAAUUCUUCUUUUUGUGGGUGUAGUUUUUGCAUCUGGGAUCUGUGUCUCCUUCUUUCCAUUUGAAACCAUGGGCCGUGAACUGGCUGACAGCAUUUCGAGUACAAAGCAUGAAAAACCAAAGGCUAACACACAAGAAGAGGCGUAAAGUAAGCUAUAAUACUUCCUAUGCAUAACAUGACGUGUUAGGUUGGGCUAUAAUAAAAAAGAAUUGCCCAAUUACUUUCUAUGCAGAUAUACAGAAGUUCAUGUAUUUAUGUGUGUAUACUUUUUAGGGUCUGGAAUUUCAUUGUACAAUUUUUUCAUAAAACAUAGUCAACAAUAAAUAAUUGGUUCCAGUCUUA